AUGAGGAUCACAGUUGGAAUCCCACAGAAACACGACCGCUCCUGCCUCUUGGUGGUGCGGAGCCAGGGCGUCACCGAGGAGCUCAAGUGUCUCUCUCUCCUCAACGUUCUGGACAAAGACAACAUCCCCGACCAGCUCACUCAGCUGUUAGGAGAGCCCUGCAUCAAGCUGGCGGAGGGCAUCAAGGCCUACAUCUCCAAGGUGCGGAGCCAGGGCGUCACCGAGGAGCUCAAGUGUCUCUCUCUCCUCAACGUUCUGGACAAAGACAACAUCCCCGACCAGCUCACUCAGCUGUUAGGAGAGCCCUGCAUCAAGCUGGCGGAGGGCAUCAAGGCCUACAUCUCCAAGCUGAGGAGGAAGAGGCACAUGAGGCCGCGACAACAGCCCACUGUCUGUGCACUGAGCUUUGAUAAGUCUAUGGAGCAGUACAGAGGACAGUACAGAGGACAGUACAGAGGACAGAGGACAGUACAGAGGACAGUACAGAGGACAGAGGACAGUACAGAGGACAGUACAGAGGACAGAGGACAGUACAGAGGACAGUACAGUACAGAGGACAGUACAGAGGACAGUACAGAGGACAGUACAGAGGACAGUACAGAGGACAGUACAGAGGACAGUACAGAGGACAGUACAGUACAGAGGACAGUACAGAGGACAGUACAGAGGACAGUACAGUACAGAGGACAGUACAGAGGACAGUACAGAGAGUACAGUACAGAGGACAGUACAGAGGACAGUACAGAGGACAGUACAGAGGACAGUACAGAGGACAGAGGACAGUACAGAGGACAGUGCAGAGGACAGUACAGAGGACAGAGGACAGUACAGAGGACAGUACAGAGGACAGAGGACAGUACAGAGGACAGUGCAGAGGACAGUACAGAGGACAGUGCAGAGGACAGUACAGAGGACAGUGCAGAGGACAACGUCGAUUGA